AUGAGUACAGUCAAAAAAGCAUUCAAUGAGGUGAAACAAACAGUAAUAAAAAGUAGAGAUCCUAAUUAUAUUCAAAAUUAUCUCGAGGAAUGGAAAAAAGACGCAAAAGGUUGGAUGCAUAUUUAUACAAAAAAUUAUCCGCAUAUGGGGAUCUGGUCAAUGCAGUGGAUGGAGGAAAACCAUAACAGUUUAAAGAAGGCAAUAGAGACAGCAAGCAGCUUAAAGCAGAUAUUCUCACACAUCAAUCGUGUCUUUCGUCAGCAACAACUACAAAUGAAUAGAGCUUUUGGUUUGAAUAUUGUUUCUGUUGAUCCAUUCAUACACAACAUUGAGAGAUUUGAACAGCUGCUUAGAAAAAUUUCCAGAUGGACAAUCAAUCAAAUAAAAAGAGAAAUAUGCAAGACUGAAGAUAAUGAUAAUGCAAAUAGUGAUACUUGUAAAUACAGCUUGAGAUUGAAUUUUAAGCUACCAUGUCACCACAUAAUUCCGUCGACAGGAUCCAUUCCGCUUUCUCUUGUACAUUUUCGCUGGCUUUUAAAGCAUGAUUCAGUACCCUUAUUAUCUUCAUUAUCAUUAUUAACUGACAUAACCAUCAGUAAGGCUUUAUAUAAGCUUGAAGAAAAAUACAAAUCCCUAAAUGACUGUGGAUCAAAAGUCAUAUUCUUGCAAAAAAUCGAAGCCUUGGCUGCUAAAAAAAAUGUAAUUCCAAAGGCAUUAUUGCGUAUCGCACCUAAAGGACGAUCAACAUCCACCAAGUGA